CAGUGCACAGAAAAUGUUUUCGUUCCAAGCCCUCAAAGCCGAGGGAAAAUUGCAACAGUUUGUAACUAUUGUAACUGCAACGCUUAGCGCUGUAUCUGACGGGAUGCAAUACGCGUGGACGGCUCCGAUUAUUCCGCGCCUUCAAGGUCCGGACUCGCAUAUCCAAAUAUUUCCCUCAGAUGUGUUGUGGUUGGAAAACAUCUACAUGCUAGGAGCGUUUGCUGGUAUACCAUUCAUAAUGUUGACCGUGGACCGCUUCGGACGCAAGACCUCCAUUUUGAUCGGCGUUGUGCAAAGCAUGAUAUCGUGGAUACUAAUAGCUUUCGCUCCAUCCGUCGAAUACCUGUACGUUGCAAGAUUUUUAAGCGGACUGGCUACAGAUGUGGGUUACGUCACUGUGCCAAUGUAUGCGGCAGAAAUUGCCCAUAAGCAAAUUAGAGGAUUGUUAGGGUCUUGGUAUUACCUAAUGAUGUUGGUUGGUAUCCUGGUAAUGUACUCGGUAGGGCCGUUUGUGUCAAUUCCGGUAUCGUCGGCCGUUGGAUUUCUGUUCCUGUUAGCGGAACUGUGUACUUUUCCCUUUAUGCCCGAAUCUCCCUACCACUACGUUGUAAAAGGGAACCUGGAAGCGGCAAGGUCAUCGCUGCAAAGGCUGCGCCAAUCAGAAGAUGUGGACACAGAGCUAAGCGAACUCGUAUCCUCAAUCCAAAUGCAGCUAUCGGAAAAAAGCGGUUUCAUGGAUUUGGUAACGACGAACAAUGGACGAAAGGCCCUUUUAAUUGCAGCGUUAUUAAACUUUUCACAACACUUCAGCAGUUACAGUGUUAUGGUUAUGAAUGUCCACUCAAUUCUAAGUGAUGCCGGAGUAACAUUCGACACAAGUAGUGCUGCAAUUGUGUUUUCAACGUUAAUGUUGUUAUCGGCUACGAUUUCUGCAGUUAUCGUCGAUAAAAUUGGAAGAAAAGUAUUGCUCUGCAGUUCGAGUGCCCUUAGUGGUCUUUCUGUACUAAUACUGGCGGUUUAUUUUGCUUUGAAAAAUGGUGGCGUUAAUGUCGUGUCUUACACGUGGAUCCCCGUACUAUCAGUGAUGUCGUAUGCAAUUGUUUUUAAGUACGGGUUAGGACUCGUGUCGAUAGUAGUAGGUGCAGAAAUUUUUCCUACCAGUGUGAGAUCCCUAGGGAUGACAAUGGGAGAUACCAUGUACGCAAUUUCCUCAAUCUUGUCUAUAUACAUGUACCAAGCUUUAAAGGAGUUAUGCGGAAUUCAUGUACCAUUCUUCAUAUUUGCAGGAUGCUCCUUUUUUAUGGCAUUUUUUACAGCGUAUGCUAUACCAGAAACGAAAGGCAAAACUUUGGGUGAAAUCCAAUUAAUGCUGAAGGGUCAGUCUACUACACGUGAUGACAAUGUGGAAAGUUCAGUAAAUUGCACUGAAGGGAGUCAUUUGUAGGAUAAAGUGCGACUUAUGUAACGCGAAGGUUCAAGUCAGUCCAAGUUUCCAACCAACUUCUUUCAAUAAAGGGAAGUUUUAGUGUCCGGAAUUCGAAAGACCAAUGUAAUCCAAACAAUCUUUAGAUGGGCAUCUUCUGUUGCCAAACAUCCCGUGGUAAAAAAAACCUGUGGUUACAGGUUAUAGUAUAACUUUAGGCGUAUAUACUGAUAAAUGCAGCACAAUCUGUUUUCAAAUUUUAAAUUAAACGGAAAGGACGAGUUCAUGGAAUUGAAUUUUGCUUUCCAGUGGAAGGUAUUCCGGGAGAACAAUAUUAUGGACUGGUUUUAUAUUUAUUCCGCUCUAGGUUGUGAUUGUUCAAAUUCCCGCGCCUCGCCAAACAAAUGACAUAACGCUAUAUUUUGCCUGUACUCGCUACCUCAAGGUGAUCAGUAUUCAUUAUUGAAACAUUGCCUAAGCCGUACCCAACGUGCCCA